AUGCAGAGCCUCUGUCCUUCGUACAUCCGGUACAAUGACUAUGAGCUGCCUUUCUACAAUCAGAGAUCGAUGGUGAAUGUAAUCUUUCACCUAGACCGAAAGGGUGACUACUACUUCAACAACAUCUUGAUGAUGGUUUUUCUUGUGAAUGUCAUGGCCCUCUGCGCCUUCGUCAUUCCCCUGGAGGAUGCCAGCGGGCGAUUGGGCUUGGUGAGUUCCUGCUUCUUGGCGGUUCUGGCAUAUCGCUACAUCAUCAACGAGAUUCUGCCCCGCAAGGCCUACUUGACGGCAGCAGACAAGUACAUCACCUUUGCAUGCGUGUUCCUCAUUCUGAUCUGCGUCCAGACCGUGAUUUGCACAUGUUGGCGAUCACGGAUCGAAAAAAUGGACCGCGACAUCGAUGAGGAAUUGUUGUCCGCGAAGAUGGCCAAGCUGCGGCGGAGACAGCGAUUGGAAUACCAAGAUCUCUUGGAGUAUUACGACAUGAUGGCGGGAGUGUUCUUGAGUUUGGCCUGGGUCGCCUGGAAUAUCUAUCUGUGGUGUUUAUGGAAAUGGUCCAAACGUGAGCCGUGGCAUCGCGUUUACGCCAACAAUGAGGAGCCCUAUGCGCCGGUGGAGGAAUGCACUGCGUGUGGCCUCCGCUGGUUGGCCAAGCAGGCCACCCACACAGAUCCCAAGUGCACGCAGUGUUGCCCCGACAAAGAUUGCGGAGCACAGAAGGAUCAGGUGCGCAAGAUCUAUUUGACGCCCAAGCAGCUGCCUGAGCCCUUCGUUCCCCCGCAACCGUUGCCAGAUGGCCCAAAGAUUGGCUAA